AAAGCUAUCCAAUUGCAGAACGAGGCUAUCCAAUCGCUGAAAGUGAACCAGAAAGCUAUCCAAUUGCAGAAAGAGCAAUAGGUGAUAAACUCUCUGCCACUUUUCCAGUACUCAAGGGUACAGUUGAACUCCUUCAAGAAACCGCUUCUAACGUCACAGCUUCUGGACAAUUCACCGCAGGCAUCAGUGAUACUGUUACUGACAAUUAUAGUGUGGAGUUGGGUGGCGUUUCAACAACCUUCACUGCAUUAGGUAUAGUGAACAAACCACCUGGUACUGACCCCUUUAAAUACAGUACUAUUGGAGUCCUUAGUUUAAUAAAAGAUUGGGCUAAAGAAUAUCUAAAAACAAAUCUUGAGAAUCUUUCGGUAGAACAUGAAGGUGUAAUGGUGAAAAUUGUAUCUGUGACAGAAUGUAAUGGUGAUGCAGAAUUGAAUCAAAGGAAAGGAAAACUGAUUCCGAUUUAUGAUUUGGUGAUAGAUUUGACAUGGUCUGGCACCGGUGUUGAUGGAACUGAGAUCACUGGGAAUAUUAAAAUUCCUGAACUUUUACAAGGUUCAGAAAGUGACUGUGAGGAUUCUAUUAAACAAGUAAUUCGUAAACAUUUGACACCUUUGCUUAUAGAAAAAUUCAAGAAUAUUGGAAAAGACAUGGUAGAAACUCAUAGUAAAGACGUUUAUAUUGAACCAUCUCAACUUGGAGCUCCCAAUCAAAAACCAAUUACACCUAGUGAGCCAAUCGCAAUUGAAAUGCAAACUUCAGCAGAUCAAAUCUAUGAAACUCUGCUUGAUCCGGGUCGUGUUACUGCUUGGACAAGAUCAAGGCCAGACAUCUUUAGACUUGUUGGAAGCAAGUUUAGUUUAUUUGAUGGAAAUGUUACAGGCACAAUAUUAGAAUUGGUUCCAAAUGAAAAAAUAGUUCAAACAUGGCGCCUAAGAACUUGGCCCGAAGAUCACUUUUCUACAGUCACGCUUAGAUUUGAGCAAACAAGCGACAAUACAAUGGUUCAUCUAACACAAGAAGGAAUUCCUAUUGGAGAAGUGGAUAUAGUGCGACGUAAUUGGCAAAAUUAUUAUUGGAAUUCGAUUAAAAGUGUAUUCGG